UGUUGCCGUUACUGUCAGCUGUGGAACGGUUCAGUCAUCAAUGGACAGAGUACACACCUAGCCAGCAGCAUAGCCUCUUUCAAUGUACCUUCAUUUCUGCUAUGAAACGCAGGGAAGUAUAAUCAAAUCCGGUUACCUAGUUUCGCUUUCAUCGUUUAUAUUGCAGAUUGAAAUGGAGACAACGUUGUGUUAGCGCGCGCUAUUGAUUAGACUCCAAUAGGCUUUAUUCCUUGCGGAAGAUUUGUUUGAUCUCAACCAUACAUUAACAAUGAUGGAGUAUUGGAGGCAGUGCGCAUUAUGGCUGAUCAACUGCAAGGUGCUUCCACCCAACCAUCGGGUAACAUGGGAGUCCGCCCAGGUAUUCGACCUGGCUCAGACACUCCGAGAUGGAGUGCUCCUGUGUCAGCUUCUCAACAACCUCCGACCCCAUUCCAUCAACCUCAAAGAGAUCAAUCUCAGACCGCAGAUGUCACAGUUCCUGUGCUUGAAGAACAUCAGGACAUUUCUCUCCGCCUGCUAUGAGAUAUUUGGCAUGAAGAAGAGUGAACUCUUUGAGGCCUUCGACUUGUUUGAUGUGCGGGACUUUGGAAAGGUUAUGGACACAUUGUCCAAACUGUCCCGCACCACGAUUUCAGAACAAACCGGAAUAAAGGCUUUUCCUUCAGAGGAGAGUCUAGAAGAAGAUGAGGACAUCUAUAACCACCUAGAAGACCUGAUAGAUGAGAAAGGUGUGGAGGAUGAGGAGGAUCUUUAUGACUGUGUCUACGAUGAUGAAGACGGAGGAGAGAUCUAUGAAGAUCUGAUGAAGGCUGAAGCCGUCCCUCCUCCUCUGGUUAGUUCAAAUCAAAAGCAGGUAGAGACAGACAUCAGGAGCUGCUGUCUGACAGAGAUCAAGCAGACUGAGGAGAAGUACACAGAGACUCUGGACUCCAUAGAGAAGUAUUUUAUGGCACCUCUUACCACAUUCCUGUCCUCGGAGGAGAUGAAGAACGUGUUUGUCAACAUUCCGGACCUGGUUAAAGUUCACAAGAGUCUCAUGGUGGAGAUCCAAGACUCUGUCCACCAUAAAAGUGCUCAGAACAUCUACCAGAUCUUCAUCAACUACAAAGAGAGAUUGCUAAUAUAUGGGAAAUACUGUAGCCAUGUAGAAACGGCCAUCGUUGCUUUGGAUGACAUCUGCAAACACAGAGAGGACAUCCGAAUGAAGCUGGAGGAAUGUGCGAAGAGAGCCAACUAUGGAAAGUUUACACUGAGGGAUCUGCUAGUUGUCCCUAUGCAGCGGGUACUGAAGUAUCACCUUCUUCUACAGGAAUUAGUGAAACACACUCACGACGCGGCUGACAAGAGCAAUUUGCGGCUGGCGCUGGAUGCCAUGAAGGACCUGGCUCAAUACGUCAAUGAAGUGAAGAGAGACAACGAGACUCUGAGAGACAUAGCCCAGUAUCAGAAAUCCAUCGAAAACCUUAAUCAGUCUCUUAGUACCUAUGGGAGACCAAAAGGAGACGGAGAGGUACGCGUUACCUCAAUCGACAAACGUGCCAAACAGGACCGGCACAUCUUCCUGUUCGAUGCUGCUGUGAUCGUCUGUAAGAGGAGAGGAGACAACUAUGAGAUGAAGGAAGUGAUCGACCUGCACCACUUCAAGAUCACCAACAACCCCACAUCAGACAAGGAGAACAGGAAGUGGUCCUAUGGGUUCUACCUGACACACAACCAGGGGCAGAGUGGCUUCGAGUUGUUCUUCAAAACCAAGGAGCUGAAGAAGAAAUGGCUGGAGCAGUUUGGCAUGGCCAUAUCCAACAUACGUCCAGAGAAUGGCACCAGUAACUUCCAUGAGUUCAAGAUGCACACCUUCGACAGAAUCACAUCCUGUAGCUACUGCCACAUGCUGCUAAGGGGUAUCUUUAACCAGGGGUACCUGUGCUCCAAGUGUGGUGUUGGAGCCCAUAAGGAAUGUCUGGGGAGGUUUGGCAGCUGUGGAAAAACAGAUCCGGGCUCCUUCAGAACUCAGGAAAAAUCAGUGCAAGGACGGCGCUCAGAUCCAGGGUUACCUAAGAUGUUGGUGACCAGGAACUAUUUUGGCGUGCCAAGUCCCAUAUGUGGCCCGCCCCUCAACAUCCAGCAAGGUGACAUCAUCGAGCUGGUCUGUGCCGAUCUACACAGCUCCUGGUGGCAGGGCAAAAUUCUGACGACGAGAGAGGUCGGCUUCUUUCCAAGUGACGCCGUGAAGCCGUGUCCAUGUGUCCCCAAACCUGUCGACUACUCCACACAGCCUUGGUUUGCUGGGCCCAUGGAGAGACUUCAGGCUGAGGCAGAGCUGAUCAACAGAGGGAACAGCACCUACCUGGUCCGCCACCGGAGCCGCGAGUUCACAGAGUACGCCAUCAGCAUCAAGUACAACAAUGACGUGAAGCACAUCAAGAUCCUGACCAGAGAUGCCUGCUUCCACAUCGCAGAGAACAAGAAGUUCAGGAGUAUAUUAGAACUAAUUGAGUACUACAAACACCAUUCAUUGAGGGAAGGCUUCAGAAGCCUGGACACCACACUGCAGUUCCCCUACAGAGAGCAGGAGAAUGCUGCUAUGCUCCACACCAACAGACCUGGAGGAAACAUGUUCACCCCUAAGGUGAUGGGUAUGGCGAUAGCCCGCUAUGACUUCAGCUCCAGGGACACCAGAGAGCUGUCUCUACAGGAGGGAGACGUAGUCAAGAUCUACACCAAGUCAGGAGCCAAUGGCUGGUGGAGGGGAGAGGUCAGCGGCAGGGUGGGCUGGUUUCCAUCUACCUAUGUGGAAGAAGGAGAGGAGUGAAAAAGAAAAAUACUGUUUGGUUUAGUACUGGACCCUCUAUGGUUGAUCUGACAGCUUGCUGAGAUGGGACUUCCUUAUCUGGGAUUCCAGCCCUCCUAUUGGCUGUCAGCGACGUCCCAGAGACCUUUGGGAAAAGAGGGGUUUCUCGAUGAACUAGUGACUGGUUCUCUCUGCAACAGUCUAGUGACUGGUUCUCUCUGCAACAGUCUAGUGACUGGUUCUCUCUGCAACAGUCUAGUGACUGGUUCUCUCUGCAACAGUCUAGUGACUGAUUCUCUCUGCAACAGUCUAGUGACUGGUUCUCUCUGCAACAGUCUAGUGACUGAUUCUCUCUGCAACAGUCUAGUGACUGGUUCUCUCUGCAACAGUCUAGUGACUGAUUCUCUCUGCAACAGUCUAGUGACUGGUUCUCUCUGCAACAGUCUAGUGACUGAUUCUCUCUGCAACAGUCUAGUGACUGAUUCUCUCUGCUCUGCUCCACCACUUCAACAGCUUUGUUGUCAGCAGGGGAAGGACCUUUGCCAGAACCCAGUUCUCUCCUUCACAUCCACCUCUCUCCCUCUGUCAAUACUGCUACCGCAAGUUGUCGCUGAAAUAUUUAAAUGCUGCCCAUCCAUCUAUCCAUCCAUCCAUUUAUCCAUCCGUCCACACCACCCAGAAUAUAGCUAAGACUGUGUAAGGAUUUGGAAAAGUGAAAGAGAAAAGAGAGAGAGAGAAGAGACACACACACAAAUACACACACACAGGGCGGCAGGUAGCCUUGUGGUUUGAGCGCUGAAAGGUCGCUAGUUCGAGUCCCCAAGCCGACAAGGAUAAAAAUCUGUCAAUGUGACCUUGAGCAAGCUACUUAACCCUAAUACUGUCAUGAAACACCUCCCACACCCAUCCUCACAGAUUACAAUCUCUGCCACUGAACACGACACACGCACAGGUUGACGUUUAUUGGGAUGAAUAUUGUCCUGGAGGCAGAGCUGAGCGGUCUUUGUUAGCUGGUCCAGCCACAAGGUCAAAAUAGUUUAUAUCGUAAAAAAUAUUCGCUUUUUGGUCUUAAUUUAGGGUUAGGCACAAGGUUAGUAGUGUGAUUAAGGUUAGGGUUAAGAUUAGGGAUUAGGGAUUUUAUGACUUUGUGGCUGUGGCAGCUAGUGACCACCCUGCAGAGCUGCAUCUAGUACAUGAGUCAUCCCAGUAAAUACCAACCUGCCACACACACAAAAGAUGAGAGAGAGGGAUGUUGGGGGAUAUCAUCGCCACCCCGCCCCUCAUGUUCUCAUCUCUCCAGCUGUACAGCAGGCUGGGUUAGGGGCUGCCGCUGUGUGUUGAUCUGAUAGGGACCUGGCUGGCUUGUCAGGGAACAAGCUAGUGAUGCGAUGCUACCCUACGACGGACGCAAGAGGCCCCCGCUUUCUCUUCUCUCUCUUCUCUCUCUUCUCUCUCCGCUCUUUCUCUUCCUUCUGACAGAAAACAAAAGGGAAUACUCUGAUUGGCCUGUAAACACUGUCUCAUGUUACCCCUACUGAUGGGGCCUCCAGCCCUCUGUCUUCUGUAUCUUUCUUUCUUCCUCUCUCUUUGUCUCUCUUUCUCCCUCUCUCUUUCUCCCUCUCUCUUUGUCUCUCUCUCUUUCUCUCUC